GAUAACAAAACGGAGUAAAUCCAACAGGAAUCGUUUGCGGCGCGUGAAUGUUUAUCAGCUGAUUUCUACCCUAUGCUAUAAUAUAUGUAUCGAAAGUUCACCAAAAUUAUUUAUCACGCACAAUGGAUCCGAUAAAGACGGAACCGGAUUUGGAGGACGAAAUCCCGCGAUUCGUGACCCCAUCCUCCAGCAUACCUUCGUCGGUUGAAACAGUGGACCUCACGAACGACGAGUAUUUUGGCGAGUUCAUAAACUUCCUGGAAAAUAUCAGAGACCACCGGAAACAGACCACCAAAAAGCGCACUCGUCAGUUAAAGCAUAUUUCCGAUGUGAUCUCACUGCAAGUGGUGCACCUGCAGUUGACCAGCUUCUAUCAAGAUUCGUACGUUUGCUCACUGUUUGGCAUCGAUUUCAAAAACGUGAUGGUCUACGGAAGAGUAACGCCCGGCACGGUGAAACAGGAAAAUAACACCCAGAUCUACAAGCUGGAUGACGGGACGGGGAUUGUGGAGGUGCACUAUGCCCAUGGAUUGAAGCGGGAUUUGGACAAUCUCAUCGCUGUCCAUUCCUGCGAGAAAAUCCUAACGACGCGCACCCCUCUGAACGAGGAACAAGUUCCGAACGAUCCUCAGGAACUGGCGGAACUCAAGCUACUGCUCACACUGGUAAAAUCUCGCUGCCAGCAGCGGUUGCAGUACUUCCCACUGGGCACCCGAUGCUUCGCAGUUGGACGACCCUUCCUGAACCGGUAUGACCGAGUGUCUCUUUACGCCUACAGCAUGCAUGCCGACAAUAAUCCGGUUGGAAAAUCAGCCGAAGUCUUCUGGAAGACGCACCUAGCCCAGUGCUACGAACAAAGGUACGCUCCGGCAAUUGCAGAAUGAAAGAAAAGUGAUAUUUUCGAUUUAAAGUGAGCUUUGAGCUUCUGUUACAAUUACACAAGAUAAGUGCAGCUUUAUUGAGUCGGUUAGAAGUUUGUAAAAAAUAGUAACUCUACUUGAAUAAAGAUGAUAAAUAAACAUACAAA